AUGGCUGGAGAUGAGGACAGCACGCCACACCACAGCCACCACCACCACCACCAUCACACCAACGACACUGCCCACCAUCAUCACCACGACCAUGAACAUGCUUCCGAGCACCACCACGCGCAUCACCACGGGCGCGUGUGUUGUGGACAUGUGCACGUGUACAGCUUGAUCCUUCGAGCGCUGCUUGUGCUGGCCAUUGCCGUCUCCUGGGUUGGCUCAACCCAAUUCUCCCGCUCAACGUACUCGUCCACCUUCAACGCACCCUUGUUCAACGUGUGGUUCUCCACGAGCUGGCUCGUGCUCUCCAUUGUCGCCCUCCUCGUGCCGUACUCCCGGCGGACCCCAGCCACCGCGAGCGACAAUCCUCAACACACCAGCACCAGCACCAGCACCAUCAGCACGGGCAGUGACACCGUCAAGGCUGGAGCUGUGAGCGUGCAGUUCCUGCAGUCGCAAUCACGCCUCCCACCCGGGUUCAUCCGCAUCUGGCUUGGACACGCGCCAGCUGUGCAGCUGACCCCGGCAUCCGGGUAUGGAAGCGCUCCUCCGGUUUCAGAGCCGCACAUCUCGCGGAUGUGCUGUUUCCGCCUCGUUCUGCCCUUCUGCCUGUUGUGGGUGCUGGCCAACUACCUGUAUGUGAAGGCGCUGGGUCUGAUCACGGCGACGGAUGUCACGGCCGUGUUCUCCGCCACGCCUGCCGUGGUGUACAUUCUGUCGCUUCUGCUGCUCCACGAGCGGUUGGCCCUGCUCAAGGUGCUUGCGGUUGCGCUUGCCAUCGGCGGUGUGUUGUUGAUUGCGCUUGCACAGCACGUGAACGGCGUCAGCGCUGGCGGCGUGCUGCUCACGCUCGGCGCGUCCGUGUGCGCCGCCACAUACAAGGUGUUCUUCAAGGUGACGCUGGGCGAUGCCGGGUUGCACACGGUCGUGGCGCUGCUUGCGGCGCUCGCAGCCAUCAACAUUGUGUUGGUGUGGCCCUUUUGGCUCAUAUUGCAAGAAACGGAUGCGGAACCCUUUGAGUGGGCUGUUGUGCCGUGGUCGUACCUGUGCGGCAGUGCUGCGCUUGCGUUGGCCUUCAACUUCCUGGUCAACUUUGGCGUUGCGUACACCUUCCCGCUGUUUGUGUCGCUGGGCACGGUUGUGGGCAUUCCUCUCAACGCCGCUGCGGACGCUGUCUUCCACGGCAUCACCAUCGGGCCCAUGCAGAUUGCGGGCUGCUGCCUCGUCUGGCUCAGCUUCAUCGUCAUGCUCAUCCCAACCAAGUCAUGA